AUUUAUAUAUCUGCAGGUAUUGUGGAAUAUUUGAGGAAUGUAGGAAUGGUAACACUUUGGGAAGUGCAGUGUGUGUUUGGCCGGGAGGCCGGGAAGGUGGAGCAACACAGCAACAACCUCCCGCUCGGGGGCUGCUCCUCCACCAGUCCCUGAGCUGCUCCUCCACCCAUCAUCCUCCACCAGCCCGUGAGCUGCUCCUCCACCCAUUACCAAGCAGCGACCCGUGAGCUGCUCGUCCGAACACAGCUCAGUACAGUGUCCGUGGGUGUCCUGUGUAAAACAAGCUUUGUGGAGAUGAAUAUAAGUCACUGAGAUUCCGACUACAGACUGGAGGCUUAUCGUUCACCGCAGCCUGUGGUCAUUUCUACCCUUCUUGUAAUAGGAAAAUGACCACUAAUUAACUAUCGUCUUAAGGAACAUUACUCAAAAGCUCUUACUAUGUGCAGCGAAAUGGUUUACUGUGGAAAUUAGUAUAUAACAAACUGUAUAAGUGCCUAAAGUGAAAAUUGGAUAUAUAAAUAUAUAUCUUGUUGCGACUCGUUAAAGGCCUAGGACGGGUCGAAACAUUCUUAUUACAUGUGUUGAUUGGGCUAUUUUCAGCCACGUUGUCGUGACGUAUUCUGUGUAACCACCAUACGUUGUGCUGGUUAUGGGGGAAUUAUAGGUGGUGUGGUGUGUGUUGUGCCUCACGAUGUACGGUGUCACACAGACACUUCAAGGGAAGCGGCCGCUGCCAUCAAGAAUCCGAAAGACAAAAGUACGCCGCUUUAGGCGUUGUUGUGGUACACUUGUGACGGCUCUUCGGGUAUUUUGCUUGCGGCUUCGUGCUGCUGUGCUGGUCCUGGUGGCCAGUUUGGGACUGCCGGUGUUUUACCUGACGUUGCACCUGCUGCUGCGUCCGGGCCUGGCCACGCUUGCCGCCGGCUUCCAGCCAACUCUUUGCAUCGUCACCGCCUCCAGCUUCGUCCAGGGCAGGGCAAAUUGUAACUGGAGCUCCUGUCGGCAGGGUUGUACAAGCCAAGAGCUCCAUUUGUGUUGGCACGUCCUCAUUCUGCCUCUCAAAGCAAGGCAGGACUACAUGUUUUUUAACCACACAUUUUCCCAUAAUAUAAGGGAGAUGCUAGACAAAAGUACUCAUUCCUUGGAGAAGUUGACAGAGAUUACAACAAAUAAGACUAAAAUGGUGAAGGAGGUACUUUAUGAAGCACUUGACGAUUCACCUGCCGCUGCCCACACACAUGACUAUCAUCCAACAAUCGGUAUUGACUUGGUUGACGAAAUACAGGUGACGAAUGCGUCGUUGUCACCUGGAGACAAGCGGGAGCCAGGGGAAGCUAUAGUGAGGCUACAGGUGAACGUGGCGGGAUGCGGUUACGGGUCGUGCGAGGCAUGGUGGAGGCAGUACGGACGACGGGGCUCCACAUUCACCUGCUACCUCAGUGCUGACGCGAGCCUCGCUGUGCCCGACAUAGACUACACACUUGUAGCUGUUCAGGUAGUGCUGGGGGUGAUGCCGCUGCUGCUCACAGUCUUCGCUAGCAUCACCAUAUACGUAUGUUACUGCCGUGAAGAUUCCACGGACCGCACUCUCCGACUAUCACCCAACCAUCAGCAGUUGAAGGUCAAGUCCGAGCAGGCGAGGGCACAAAUAGUAUUACAAAAGUCGAUGGAGAGAGAGGGCGCUCUUCCUACUUUUGACUGUUCUGUCGUGCUGAGCGUCGUGAACAAUACCACACCAAGUCAGGUCACGGGUGAGAGUCAGCAAGCCAGGAGCAGAAAACCAAGUGUACCGACUUCCUUGAGUGAGAAGAAAAGACAGUUGAAGGCUGCCAGGCGGUGUCGGCGCGUAGCUGACCUGCCGGCUCAACACCCAGAAAUCUCAUCUGCUCCAAUAUUCACAGAGAUCACCCUUUAUCCUAAAUCGAAUAUCUGA